AAUCAAAUCAGAGCAUAGAAAGCGAAAAUGGAAAAAUCCCAAUAACAAAACCGGAGUACCUAGCAGAUCAAGACAUGGAAGCUUCAUCAUCGUCGUCGGACCAAACAUCUCAUCAUGAUCAUGAUCAUGAUCAUAAACCAAACGCGUAUUAUUACCCUCCUGGUUUCCACAGAAAGGUGAUUGCGGAGAUAAUUGCGACAUAUAUGUUGGUAUUUGUGACAUGUGGGAGUGCUGCAAUAAGUGAAAGUGAUGAACAUAAAGUGUCAAAGCUCGGAGCUUCGGUCGCCGGAGGAUUGGUCGUCACCGUCAUGAUUUACGCCGUCGGUCAUGUCUCCGGCGCCCACAUGAACCCCGCCGUCACUCUUGCCUUCGCCGCCGUCCGACAUUUCCCCUGGAAACAGGUACCGGUUUACGCGGCGGCGCAGCUAGCAGGCUCGAUCUCGGCGGCAGCGACGCUGAGAGUGUUAUUGCAUCCGAUCAAGCAUGUCGGAACGACAACACCUUCUGGUUCAGAUGUCCAAGCUCUGAUCAUGGAGAUCGUCGUGACAUUCUCCAUGAUGUUCAUCACUUCUGCCGUUGCCACCGAUACCCGAGCCGUCGGAGAGCUUGCGGGCAUCGCUGUUGGAUCUGCUGUCUGCAUCACAUCGAUCUUGGCAGGGCCGGUCUCGGGAGGGUCGAUGAAUCCGGCAAGGACCAUCGGACCAGCAAUCGCUAGCACGUGCUACAAGGGGCUAUGGGUCUACAUUGUUGGACCAGUGGUCGGAACAUUAUCUGGUGCUUACUGUUACAGUCUUAUCCGAGUCACAGACAAGCCUGUCCCAGCCAUUGAGUGCAUGAAUCUAAAACACGACUGUUCAAAUACUCUCUUCAAGUAA